CAACGUCCAGUUGUCUUUUAGGAGGUCCCACUUUCCCAGACUUCCCAGUCAGGGUGGACAGUGCCAGGACCUCCUUUGUGAACACCAGAGCAGCCAGCUCCUGGCAAAAAAGGGUCAUGAUCGAUUAAGCCGCAGGAAGGCCCUCUUUGAAACUGUCACUGUGCUGCCAGCCAAGGCGUGCUGUAUAUGAGAGAAUCAAUGGAACACAUUAAUAUACAGUUGGAAGAUCUCUCCCUACCUAUUAGGAAUUAAUAGACGUUAUUCACAUAUGAAUACAAUGUGCUUCAUUAUUUAAAACACUGCUAGUAGUCUGUACAUCCCUCUAUGGAGCGGUACCACCAGUAGUGUGGAGGUUCCCACUCUCUACUAAUUCACAUGACUGAUGUGUGACACAUGUAACCUAGUAAACCCCAUCACUUUAUUUCUGACACAUUUUAACUUGAACAGCAGACGAUGCUGGGGAAGACAAAAGGAACGUGGUGUCAUUUUUCUAUAGCCCUUACACUGUGCAAUCAACAUUUACUUCACAAUGACAAGUUAAAGCAAAAAAGUUCAGCAUUGUUUUCGUUUCUCAAAAUCACAGACAUUUUCUAUACCUAUUCAACAGGUGUGAACUGAGUUUUUUGUGCUGUCGCAAUGACUUGUUAUAACUAUUAGUGAUAUUAGGAUCUUAAAACAUUUUCUGUAAUACAAAACAGUACAUGUGGCUGGUUACAUUGACUUACCAUAUACUUCAGAAUGAGAUGUCCAUCAUCUUCCUCAAGUUGGAUGCCGAGAGGAUGGCAGCCCUUUAAGGGUUGAAAGCACUUGUCGCCUGUAUAAAAGGAUUUCAGUUGUUGAAAUAUCCCUCAAAACAUCAAUAAUUACAAAAAAUGUCUAGAAUAUAUAUAGGACCUAUGGUGACCUUAAAAAAUACACUGACUUCAUUAUACAUUCUCUUAAUGGAAUAAUUAAUUACCUUAGUUCAUGACCCUUCUACCUUUACUUAUAGUUAUUAUCAUAAAGCACAACCUGAUAAUUACUUUCACUGAACUCAGACUAGACUUACACAAAGUGAGCUGCUGUUGCUCUGUAAUGACUCAGCGUCAUUGUGUUGACUGAGCAGCAGCUUGCGUUACAUUAUGAGUGACGGUAACAUUAACCCCUUGCUGUUUGAGAACAUCUUCAACACCAUUUACUAACGUGAUUUCAGUUAGCUUUGUCUAAUUCUACCAUACUGAAAAGAUUUGAAAACACACUUGCAACCAGUCAGGAAUAUACAGUUGGCAAUCAGCAUGGCCAGUCUAAAACUCAUUAAAUAGUCAAUUAACAUUUGCAUGUUUGUGAAGUCCACACGCUACUAAAACAGUCUAAAAGCUACUCAAAUUGAAUUCACCUAGCAUUCCACUUGAGAGCAAUAUCAUGUUAGCUUAAUGUUAACAUACAUAUCACCUUCACAUUAUGUUACCACAUAACUAGGCUAGCUCUUGUAACGUAAAGUAGCAACUAAGCUAACGUUAGCUGUUAUGGCGUUAGCUAAAGUAGCAAACACACAAUUGAUAGUCAGCUAAAUGAUUUUUACUAUCAAACACUGUUUUAAAGUGUAUAGAAAACUCUGUUUUAGAACAAAUACAACACACAUAUGGUUAUAAAUUGCUUACUUACCGAAAACUGAGACCUGUGGACAGACAGCAGUGGACGAACUGUAUUGCAUCAUGCACCGGUUAAUCGAAAAGUUGAUUAUUGCUGUGUACAUUGAUAAAUAAAUAUUAAACAGCAUGUAGUCAACUACUGAUGCCAACGCACUCCCAUCGGCCCAGAUUAAUUCAUUAAUGUAUUAAUUUCUUGCAUACGGUAUUGCCUUCACUUUUAUUUUUGAAAUAUUAUUGUUGUGCUCUGCGUCUGGUUUUAAAGGAAAAAAACAAAAAAGGGAUUUGCAAAAACGAAAUACGGCUCGUUAUUUGACUUUGGUUCUGUGAUUUUUCCGCUUUUGAAUUCAGAACCAAAAACGGAAAUACGACCGCCCAUUUCCGUUUUCGGUUUGAAACGAAAAAUGAGAAUACCAUGGUAUUUCCAUAUUUUCGACUGAACGGUAAAACAGAUGACUAAAACGUACACGGACCUUGGUCGACUUUGGUUCUUGGUUUUUCCGUUUUUGAAUUCAGAACCAAAAACGGGAAUACGACCGCCCAUUUCCGUUUUCCCGUUCUUGGUUUGAAACGAAAAACGAGAAUACCAUGGUACUUCCGUAUUUUGGUUUUUCCGAAUUAACGGUAAAACAGAUGACUAAAAUGUACACGGACCAAAUAGGUCUUUAUUUAAUUUCAACACGUUUUCAACCAGAAAUCAACGUUGAAAUCCGGGUCAGUGCUCACUGCGAAGGUUAAAGUAGAGGCAUACCAAGCCCUGAGAACAGACUGUGAUGCAAUACUAAAGUUGUAUCACUGGAGGGCGCUACCGCAAUGCAGUAUACAGGGUAGCAUGCUGCAGUAGAGCAUACACACACUACAAAUUAUUGUCUCUGUGUACAUUAAAACGUGACCAGAAUCUCUUCACAUUGUUUUAAGGUGAAAAUCAAGAGUUUGCAGACAAUCAAGGUCAGUAUCUGAGACCUCUCCUUUGCUUUCAAGUUUGCAGGGAACGAUCCGCGUGGAUGAAGCGCUUCAUCUGGGAUGAGGGAAAUUGUGAUAAUGGGUGACGAAUCUGUCACAGCAGAUACAGUCACUUAUACUGUACUAUCUAAAGUCGUAAUGACAUAAGAAGCCAACAGUUGUCUUGUUAUUCUGCAUUUAACUGGGUCAAACCCUGCCACAGUUACACUGCGCAGUGCGCAGGCGCAGCUUGUAGGCUGCCUCUCAGUGCCAUAGCAACCAGAGAGACGACGUCAACAUGAACAUGUACCCAUCUGCUAUUUUGUCAUCACACUAGCGUCUAGCCUCUCCCUGUCUAAUGUUAUGUAAUGCCUCCAGGCCAAAGCAACGACUGUGAAAGAAGCACUGGCCAAACUGGUGAGUGGCAUACAUGCAAUAUUUUUCAAUAUGAUUAUUUGUUUGUGUUCGUACGAGUGUUUAAAAUUCAUGACUGAAAGUAGUUGCAUGAUGGUAGCAUAGGUGUUGUAAUUGCAUCUUUUCUUUUGAUCUGUGUGUCUGUGCGUGUGUGUGUAUGUGCGCACAGGAGGAAAAGUCAGGGGAGAAAGUGAGCGAGAGUAAAGCCAUAAAACUGUAUGGUCAGGUUCCUCCUAUAGAGAGGAUGGAUGCCUCUCUCUCCACACUCACCAACUGCGAGAAGCUCUCUGUGUCCACAAACUGCAUUGAAAAAAUAACCAAUCUCAAUGGCCUGAAGAACUUGAAGAUAUUGUCAUUAGGAAGGAAUAAUAUUAAGUCCUUCAAUGGGCUGGAGGCAGUGGCGAACACAUUAGAAGAGUUGUGGAUCUCCUAUAACUUGAUCGAGAAACUGAAAGGAAUUCAAUUCAUGAAGAAACUCCGAGUCCUCUACAUGUCCAACAACCUGGUGAAAGAAUGGGGAGAGUUUGUGAGGCUGGCCGACCUGCCAUCCCUCGCAGACCUGGUGUUUGUUGGAAACCCUCUGGAGGAGAAGCAUUCAGCCGAGGGAACCUGGAUGGAUGAAGCCUCUAAAAGACUACCUAAGCUAUGGAAACUAGAUGGAACCCCAGUCAUCAAACAGGAGGAGGAUGAAGCAGAUGGAGAGAACUGAGGAGCAUGACUCUCUGCAAAACUGCAACCUCCUUUUCUGGAGUCUUCCCUUUUUUUAAAGUUUUGUAUGGUUUGUCAUGGUGCUUUUCUUUUUAUAAAAUGAUUUUUACAACAGCGUACACUUUGUUAGAGAUAGACAAGCACAAGAUGACCAAUUAUGUUUUAUAGAAUGAGAAAAGUCUGUUAAAAAAAGAUCAAUACUUAAAUUGGCAAUCUCGCAGAUUUACAUUUGAAUAAAUGUCUUUUACCUAUCACUGAGCGGUAACACAGUGGUGAUUGAGCCUAUGGCCCACUGAUUGCAAUAUAU